UGGCAUCUCUUGUUACAAGUCAAAACUAACAAAGAACUGACGUAAUAUCUAUAUUCAUUAUUUCCUUCUUUAUUGAGUUCAUUUUGUGGUACGAAAGGCAAUAAGAACUAUCAAGAGAAUUUGUUUAUGAAAAAUAUUAUACAAUAUGUCCGACAUUUCAAAAGGAUACUGGUCUUUCAAGACGUCCGAUUUGGAAAAAAAAUAUAUCGUUGUUGACUUACGAAGCGAUACACUUACCAAACCAACUAAAGCAAUGCGAGUUGCUAUGUUCAACGCAGAAGUAGGAGAUGAUGUUUAUGAGGAAGAUCCGACAGUAAAAAAACUAGAAGAAAAAGCUGCAACAUUAAUGGGAAAAGAAGCUGCGCUUUUUGUUACUUCUGGAACAAUGGGAAAUUUAAUUGCCAUUAUGACUCAUUGCGAUGUACGUGGAAGCGAAGCUUAUUGCGGUGAGGAUUCUCAUACGGUUUUACACGAGCAAGGUGGCGCUGCUCAAUUAGGAGGUGUAACUUUAUGUCCUUUACCAAAUAAUCCUGAUGGAAGUUUUGAUCUAGUAUUACUUCGAAAUAAACUACGUAAAGACAGAUUGCAUGAACCAACCUCAAAAUUGGUAAUUGUAGAAAAUACAAUUAAUGGUAAGAUCGUACCACAAGAUUGGAUUAUAAAAUUGUCUGAAUUAGCCAAAUCUUGUAAUCUUAAAUUACAUUUGGAUGGAGCAAGAAUUUGGAAUGUUGUUACGGCAUCUAACGUAUCGGCUAAGGAUCUUGUGUCUGUAUUCGAUUCGGUCACGUUUUGUUUAAGCAAGGGUUUGGGGGCACCGAUUGGUUCCAUAUUAUGCGGAGAUAAAAGCUUCAUCAGAAAAGCUAGAAGAAUACGAAAGGUUUUAGGUGGAGGAAUGAGACAAGUUGGUAUUAUUGCGGCCGCUGGACUCGUGGCUCUAGAGGAAAUCGUACCUUUGUUGAAAGAAGACCAUAAAAGAGCAGCCCUUAUCGCACGAGCGAUCAAUAAUUUAAACUCCGAAAUAUUUACCGUCGAUGAGAAAACUGUACAGACAAAUAUAGUUUUUAUAAAUAUACAUUCGAAAUUUAUUACUUCAAUAAAUUUUGCAGAAAGACUUCAGCAAGUUCAAGAAGAUGAAGAGGAUGAUAAAAUAAUAAUAAAAUGUUUACCUCUAACGAGUACGAUGGUUAGAUUUGUUUUGUACCAUGAAAUUACUGACGAGAUGGUGGAAGCGGUUAUACGUAAAAUCACAUAUAUUAUUAAAUGUAUGGAUGUAAACAAAUCAUCGACAUAAACCUAUUAAAUAAAUAAACGGUGAUCUGAUAUUGUAUUAUUAAACGUA